AUGAAAAAUUUUGGCGUUCUAGUUCUUUUGCUUCUUGCCUUUCUCUCUUCAAUCACGUGCGCUCCAAUCAGCAACACGAGCACUUCACAUGUUCAGUGGUAUAAACGAGCACCGAGUUUCAUGAUAAACCUUUUUAAUCAAAUUGUUGCGACUCAAGGCGAUCUUUCGCAACUGGGAGGAACGCAUGUCCGUGGAAUUUGGACGAUAGUGAAAAGUAAGUGUAAAGAUGUGUUAACUGCCUUUGCAUAGUCUCCAAAACUGGCUUAUUUUAUUUAUACUGGAUAGUUCUGUCUGUUCUAAACUGUUCUCCCUAUAGAGGUCCAGUAAGGAUCAUCUCUUAUUGAUCCAGUGUUACUACAGGAGGAAACCUAAACUAAACUAACGUUAACUUUAUUUAUACUGGAUAGCUCUAUCAGUUCUAAACUGUUCUUCCUAGAAGUCCAGUAAGGAUCAACUCUUAUUGAUCCAGUGUUACUACAGGAGGGAACCUAAACUAAACUAACUUUGUUUAUGCUGAAUAGUUCUAUCAGUUCAGGUUUCCUCCUGUAGCAACACUCAUUGAACAGUUUAGACCCGGUAGUGCUAUCCAGUACGAAUAAAAUUACUAAGUUAGUUUAGUUUAGGUUUCCCCCUGUAGUAACACUGGAUCAAUAAGAGAUGAUUCUUACUGGACCUCUAGGGAGAACAGUGUAGAACUGAUAGAACUAUCCUGUAUAAAUAAAGUUAGUUUAGUUUAGGUUUUCUCCUGUUGUAGCACUUGAUCAAUAAGAAAUGAUCCUUACUGCACUAGCUUCUAUCGAGAACAAUCGAUCUAGAACUGAUAGAACUGCCCAUGCAAAUAAAUUUCAGUACUUAAAAAUCCUUUAUUAAUUUUACAGAGCCACAGAAUACAGUCUCAUCCGCGAACGUUGUCAAUCUUUUGAGCGUCGUGAAUGGCACAAGUCUGUCUCUCAACACAACAUAUUUAGUCAACCUUCAUGUAUCCGUCGAGGCCAAAACUGGCGUACAACAAGGCGAUUGCAACGUGGCUUUAUACGACGUCAAAUCUAACACCGAAAUUCUCUCGAAAUACAUACCGUGUGAUACUUCAAGUAAACUUGUGCUAGCUGUGACAUCUUGUGUGAAAAAAUGGAUAACAAAUCCCGCUGAGAACGCUGGAAUGAGAUUGAAAAUUUCCGCAAAGACCGAUAAAUUUCCUGCGUCGAGUCUGCCAUUUGUGAACACCCACCCCAGUGUCGAGCCGCCAUUUUAUAUUCUUUACUUGUAG